UGGGUUCGGACUGCCACUAAACCAGGAGACGGCCCCGGGGACCGCGUCAGGGACAGGCUCCGGACCCCGCGCCCCCCAUCCUCAUGUCUCUCCCGCCGCCGCCGCCGCCGCCGUCCGCCGCCUAUAGCCCGGUGACCCUGGAAGGCCGCCUGGGACCCGUGACCCCGGAGUCCUGGGCAUCCGGACCUCCCUCCCAAGCGCAGCCGCUCUUAAGGCAGGAGGCUAAGGGGGAGGAGGAGGAAGGGGAGGAGACAGGCGUCCUGGGCGCCUGGGGAACUGGCACCGCGGAACAGCAGCGGCGGCGGGGCUGGGGGGAGGCCACGGAGGCGGCUGCGGCCGAAGAGGGGCAGGCGGAGGCCCGAGGAGCCGCGACUGCGGCGGGGUCUGGCUCCCCGGCGGGAGACGCCAGGGGCGGCGGCGGGGGUUGGCGGUGGCAGCCCCAGUGCUGCCCCUGUGCGGCGCCCCUUCCCCGCGCCGCCGCGCACUGUUGUCAUGGAGGAACCAAGAUGGCGGCUCUGGCCUACAACCUGGGCAAGCGGGAGAUCAACCACUACUUCAGCGUGAGGAGCGCCAAGGUGCUGGCGCUGGUGGCCGUGCUGCUGCUCGCCGCCUGCCACUUCGUCUCCCGCCGCUACCGAGGCAAUGAUUCAUGUGAAUACCUUCUCUCAAGUGGAAGAUUUCUUGGAGAGAAAGUUUGGCAACCUCACAGUUGUAUGAUGCAUAAAUAUAAAAUCGGUGAAGCAAAGAAUUGCCUUGUAAAUAAAUAUAUUGCAUUUAUUGGAGAUUCCAGAAUUCGUCAAUUAUUUUAUUCUUUUCUAAAAAUAAUUAAUCCCCAAAUCAAAGAGGAAGGAAAUAAGCAUGAAAACAUUCCUUUUGAAGACAAGACUGCAUCAGUUAAAGUGGAUUUUCUGUGGCAUCCAGAAGUUAAUGGUUCUAUGAAACAGUGUAUCAAAGUAUGGACUGAGGAUUCUGUUGCAAAGCCCCAUGUAGUUGUAGCAGGAGCUGCCACGUGGUCCAUCAAGAUUCACAAUGGUAGCAAUGAAGCACUUUCCCAAUAUAAAAUGAACAUAACUUCAAUAGCACCACUUUUAGAAAAAUUGGCAAAGACUAGUGAUGUGUAUUGGGUCUUACAAGAUCCCGUUUAUGAAGAUCUAUUAAGUGAAAAUAGGAAAAUGAUUACUAAUGAGAAGAUAGAUGCCUACAAUGAAGCUGCAGUCAGUAUUUUGAAUAGUAGCACCAAAAAUUCUAAAUCAAAUGUUAAGAUGUUCAGUGUUUCCAAAUUAAUUGCUCAAGAAACCAUCAUGGAAUCUUUGGAUGGCUUACAUCUUCCUGAAUCAAGCAGAGAAACUAGUGCAAUGAUUCUUAUGAACGUGUAUUGCAAUAAGAUUUUGAAGCCUAUAGAUGGUUCCUGUUGUCAACCUCGGCCUCCUCUCACUCUCAUACAGAAGCUCGCUGCUUGUUUUUUCACUUUAUCUAUGAUCGGAUAUUUGAUUUUUUAUGUAAUUCAUCGUAAUGCUCAUCGGAAGAAUAAGCCAUGUCCUGAUUUGGAAAGUGGAGAGGAAAAGAAAAAUAUUAUCAAUACCUCUGUGUCUCCAUUAGAAAUACUUUUACAGUCUUUCUGCAAACUUGGCCUGAUUAUGGUUUAUUUCUACUUGUGUGACCGUGCAAAUCUGUUUAUGAAGGAAAACAAAUUUUAUACACACUCGUCUUUCUUUGUUCCAAUUACCUACAUCUUGGUUUUGGGAAUAUUUUACAAUGAAAAUACUAAAGAGACUAAAGUAUUAAAUAGAGAACAAACAGAUGAAUGGAAAGGCUGGAUGCAACUUGUGAUUUUGAUUUAUCACAUCUCUGGAGCAAGUACAUUUUUGCCUGUUUACAUGCACAUUCGAGUUUUGGUUGCUGCAUAUCUAUUUCAAACAGGAUAUGGGCAUUUCUCAUACUUUUGGAUCAAAGGAGACUUUGGAAUCCAUAGAGUAUGUCAGGUCCUAUUUCGUCUCAAUUUCCUGGUAGUGGUGUUAUGUAUAGUAAUGGAUCGGCCUUACCAAUUCUAUUACUUUGUCCCCUUGGUCACUGUAUGGUUCAUGGUCAUAUAUGUUACUUUAGCACUAUGGCCACAAAUAAUCCAAAAAAAAGCAAACGGAAAUUGUUUCUGGCAUUUUGGCUUACUGAUGAAACUAGCCUUCCUGCUUUCAUGUAUAUGCUUUUUGGCAUAUUCUCAGGGUGCAUUUGAGAAGAUCUUUUCUCUUUGGCCAUUGUCCAAGUGUUUUGAACUGAAAGGGAAUGUAUAUGAAUGGUGGUUCAGAUGGAGGUUAGACCGUUACGUAGUCUUUCAUGGAAUGUUGUUUGCUUUCAUUUAUCUGGCUUUACAAAAACACCAAGUACUUUCUGAAGGAAAGGGUGAACCUCUUUUUUCAAACAGAGUUUCAAAUUUUCUAUUGUUUAUUUCAGUAGUUUCUUUCUUGACCUAUUCCAUCUGGGCUAGCAGUUGUAAAAACAAAGCAGAGUGCAAUGAACUCCAUCCAUCUGUUUCAGUGGUACAGAUUUUAGCCUUCAUCCUAAUAAGAAACAUCCCUGGAUAUGCCCGUUCAGUUUACAGUUCAUUUUUUGCUUGGUUUGGAAAAAUUUCGUUGGAGCUAUUUAUUUGCCAAUAUCACAUAUGGCUGGCAGCAGACACGAGGGGUAUCUUGGUACUUGUACCUGGAAACCCUAUGCUCAACAUUAUUGUCAGCACUUUUAUUUUUGUUUGUGUGGCACAUGAAAUUUCUCAGAUUACUAAUGACCUUGCACAGAUUAUUAUUCCUAAAGAUAAUUCAUCCCUGUUGAAAAGGUUGGCAUGCAUAGCUGUAUUUUUUUGUGGACUCCUUAUCUUAUCAUCCCUUCAAGAAAAAUCAGAACGUUAGCUUCGGAAAAUCAUAAAAAAACCUAAACUCUUCAGGCUUACUCUGUGUCUACCUAGAGGAGAAAAGCCUCUAUCUGAGGAUUUAAAUAUGUUUAUAAAUAUAAACUUGUGUGGUAAGAGGACAAUUCAGUAAUGUCUGUUGAACAUGUAUGGUUGUAUAUAUUGGAAAUGUAUAUAUUUGAUGUGAAAUACUAAAAAAAAAAUGAUGAACCAGAGUGCAUUGUUUAGGGUUGCAUGUGCAAAGUCUUUUCUACCGGAUCUCUAUUUCCAUUUAUAAAUGGUUUUAAUUUAACAUAUGAAGGCAGGGAAAUUAACUUUCCAUUAAAUAAAUUAGCUUAGUGACGCCAUUGAGUGUUUUGAUAUUUACUAAAUUUGUGGUAAUAAGACUGUCUGCACCAGUGCUCAUCAUGGAACUUCCUACUUCAUUGAAAUUUACUCAAGAAUGACUGCAGUAUUGUUUUCUUAUGUACAAUGAUGUAGAAUGAUAAACAGAAUGCCUUUAAUUUAUAUGUAUUCAUGUUCUGAUGUUAAAUGCUUCGUGGCAUGAUUUUGCCUUUUAACUGUGGUUUGUUCAUUUUCUCUCACAGAACUGUUCUAGGCUCCCUGACAGGGUUUUGUCUUGUUGAUGUUGUUCUUGCUUUUUAUAAAAAGACCAAAUUUUCUUUCCAAUCCAAACAUUCGCCUGUUUCCUUUCCUUCAACUAUACCAGUGUAAUACUGAUUACCCUGUGGAUUCAUUUAAUAUGUCCCCACAUGCCCCUGCCACCCACUAAUUAAUUUUUGUAUAUUAUUUCCAAUGUUUGGAAAGCUCUUUAUAGCCGUUUUGGUAUUUCUUAUGAUCCUCCUUCUAUUUUUUUUUUAAAUAUCUAUCAAUCUAAACUUGUGCAGUGCAAGAUUCAAGUUGUUGCGAUUGAGUCUGUCCAUACAUAUAAUUUUAAGUAAAGUGGUGACUUUGGGCAAUGUGCUUGCUUUUGUUUUGGUUUGGUUUGGUUACAAGUUAACUGUUAGGGUAUAAAUUUAUUUAUUUGUUGUACAGAUUUGGUUGUUUUUUAAUGUUUGAAAGAUUGCACUUGUUUGCUUUAACUAUAUGUGGGGUAAAAUAUAUUUUUGUUCACAUAUGAAAAUAUGGAGUAAUUUAAACAGUAAAUAAAUGUUCUGUGGAUGCUUAUUUUUGUAUUGGCAGAAAUUUCAAUUAAACUAUAUAUGUUUCUUUUUUUUUUUUUUUAAGUUGAAUUUGUUAAUGAUUGGUUCAGAUUUCUAAUUCAUUUCCCAAACCAAAAAUUGCUUUUUCAAACUUAACGUACAAUGGCAAGUCACUAAUUGAUAGUUGAAUAAGAAAUGUUCUAGUUAUCAGAGCCUUUGAAGAUAAUCUGCCUUUCACCCAGAAAGUUUAAGCAUUGUGGUUUAUUAGUAGUUUUACUUGAAGAUUUUAAGAAUUUAAUUAUUACUUCUGUAGAACUGGACUUAUGUGGUAGUGGUAUCUUCCCAUUAAUUGAAGAAUCUUUCUCUGACAGAAAUGUGUGUUCUUUCCUUUUCUUUCUUUUUCUGCCCUUGCUUAAUCUUUUGACAUUUCCCAGAUAGACAAUUGUAAUGAUUCAUUGCUCUGCCUCCUCCUAGACUGCAGCCUUCUAAGUGGAGAGUUAGUAUAGUUAUAAAUCAAAAACUUCCAAGUACUGUGAUCACAUUAUUCUUGCUGAUGUGGCUUGCCAAUGCGUAGAGUGCAUUUUAAUUUAGCUUGUAAGUUUUAUCACCCAAAAAAGAUUCUUCCAGAUGAAACAAUUGAAAAAGAAAGAUGACUGGUAUCUCUGUUUCUCUGAAGCACUUAUACAUUCCACUUGUGAUACAUAAGUAUGCAUAAAUGUUCUCUCCUAUGAAUACAAGCCUAAAACUUAACUGGCAAGCCCUGUUUCUUCAUCACAUGCUCUUAUUUAAUAUGCAGUACUGUUGUAUUUUUUAUAUAUUUAUAUACAGUAGUUAAAUUAGUAAUAAUUUAAUAAUUUUAAAACAAUAUAAUAUGUUUGAUAUUAUAUUUGAUUUUCUUAUUGAGUCUUUAUGGAUAAGAGUUUAUUAUGGUGGAACCUGCAACAGUGAUAGCACCUCUCUAUGAUAAAUGUCUUAAUAUCAUUUUUAUGCAUUGACUCAGAUGCUUACCAGUUGCAGUAGUGAAUUACCAUCUUCUAAAUAAGACAUUUAAGAGAAUAUUUAGGCGUGCUAAAAUUGAGAUAAAACCACAGAGGUUCUCUUAACUCAGAUUUUCUGUAAUAUAAAUCACAUUCAGAAAUCCAUCAUCUGUCCCCAAAAGGCACUUACUUGACUGAGUUCUACCCCAAUCUUUCCCUGUUUCUUUUGUCAAACCUUCCAAUUUUUAUGAAUAGUGAAAAGAAGCAUCAAAAAUUCAGUCUUCUCCUAAAACUAUUCACUGUACCUAUGAGUUAGAUCCUAUUAUUUGCUUUAGAUACUGGUACAUAACAUUUACACCUUACCAUUCCAUUGUAAGGUAAGUUCCAGUUUAACGAUGGAUGAUUUUUUUCUCCAUGGAAGUUUUAUUAUUUCAAAUAUUAGCAUAGGAGGCUCUUAAACUUGGUAAAAUUAACUUUGAUAAUAAGCAUAUUCUUGUUUUAUAUAUGUAAAUUUUUUACUAGAUUGUUAACCAUAUGAAGGCUAAACACACACAAAAACAUAUGUAUAUAUACACAGAGCAACAUCAUAUAGGUAUUCAGUAAAAACCAAUGUAUCAAAGAAUGUCUGCAAUUUCUUGGAGAAUACCCUUUUCCCUAGCAAAUCUUGAGAGAACCAAGUUGGAACUUUUAUGUUGAACAACAUUAAAUCACUAAUAUGUUACUACUUUUGACUUACAAAAAAGUUUUGACCUAUAGUUUCAUCUGAUUCAACCUUAUAACUUCCCUAUUGAAAGAAAAAGUAAGUCAGGCAGUAUAUUCAUGUUAGCAAUAUUAAUUCUAAAUAUUGCUUGCUUAUAUUUAGGGUAGUUUUGACGUUUAGAGAAAACUCCUUAAGAUACUCAUAGUUGAAAGGCACCUUUAAACCCAUAUCUGAUUUUCCUUUUAAUGAAAUCCCCUCUAGUUCCUUGUAUGAUUUGACUUAGAAAUAUAAGCUUUUCUUAUACGUUAUAUCCAUAAAGAACUAAUAUGAAACUGUUUUCCAAAGGUAGAUUUGGAAUAUUAUUAGCUAUAAAAUACCUAAUAAAUGAAAAAUAAUUUACUUACAUCUCAAUUCUUAUUUAUAACACACUUUAAAAAAUACCAUCCCAGAGCAUAACAAUGGACUAGAUCAACAUUUUAGAAGGAAAGCUGUUUUGUAGAAGUGUUUCUAUCAUGUGUAGGCAAAUCUGCCUGCUUAAAAGUAAUUAUAUUCAUCAAAAUAUAUAUUUUAAUUCAGCUAGUUGUAUUAGCUUUUACUUCAAGUGUUACCUAGUGAUCCUUAUUUAGAAAACAUUGAAGAGAAUUUUCUAAUAACAGAAAUUGUUAAAAAGAAAUUUUUUCUCACAAAACUACUAAGACUUUUUUAUUAAAGCUAUCACAGAUGAUUCUUUUAUUCACAAACUUUCAUUGACUCUCCAUUGCCAAAAUAAUAAAGUCGGAAAUUCCUAGCUAACGGUCAGGGCACUCCACUUUAUCACCUACCUCUUUGUAUGAAUUCCAACCAGGCUAACUUACUGUUCCCCAAACACCAUGUUAUUCUUUCCCUUUGCUUCUUUGUUCUCACUUUUUUCGUCUACAUAAAGUAACUUAUUUUUUAAAGUAGAAUUUAAGUUCCACCUUUUCUGUGAACUUUAAUUUCUUUUAAACUCUAUUAUUAAUAUCUGGUUCCGUUAUUUUGUCUUAUAUUCUCUUAUGGAUGUAGUAAGGUGCUUUGUACAAAAUAGAUGCAGAGACCAGGUUAGUCAAAAUACAUCUCCACAGUAGUGUAAUUGCCCCUCCCACCAUCUCUGCAAAAGAUGCUAAGAGGUCAUGUUUGCUACCCUAUGAUACAUUUUGUGGCUGAAGCUUUUUGAACCAGGGGUGAGAACCUGAAAAAAAAAAAAAGAGUGAGCCUUAUCUGCAAAGCUCUACUCAAGCAGGCAUGCUGGUCAUCAAAUUCCCACUAACAAGAAUUGAAAUUGGGAAAGAGCAAUAUAAAUAGCUAGUUGUCAGGUGAAAGAGAAGUAGACCUAUGGAGGGUAGCUGAGUGUAAGUCAUGAAAUGGAUGAUUACUAGUUUCAAGAUGAACUCCCUUUGCUGAGAUCCCUGGAGCUCUGAAACAGAACAUCCUUCUGGUUCUAGUCUUUAUGAAGUGUGCGCAUACUAUGAUUCCUCAUUCUAGAUUUUCUUAGGAUCCCAUCUGUCUUAUUGCUUUAUACCCUCACAAUAAACUUUCAUUAUUUGAACUAUC